ACACUACGCGCCGAAACUUGCACCAUCCAUGUUCAUGCAUAUGGCGACAUUGGAUUGCACAAAGUCUGGUUGGGAAUCUCUCACGUUCACAUUCCCUCCCGAAAUCAGUCCCAUCAGAUCCAAAAUCCUCCAUUUCUUGUCGCUGCACCCAGGCAAUUAUAUUGCAUCUCACGAUGAGCGUCCUAUCAUCGAAAGCCACCUAUGCCAGGCCCGGAUAGAACUUGCAGCAUAUGAAGGGGAGAGGCAGAGAGUACUUUCUCUUCUCGAAGAACUGCAGGCCCGACGAAACUCAUUGUUUCAAUCUGCAACGCAACUGAGUGGCAUGGUCAAGCCCGCAGUUCGGAGACUACCUGUGGAGCUCCUGAUGAGCGUCUUCCGCAUUUACUUCGAAACAUCUAUGCAGGAUCCUGGACAGAAAACACAUCCCGCGCUCAUUCUAGGUCAGGUCUGCUCGAAAUGGCGGGCGGUCACCCACACGUGUCCUGCGUUGUGGUCUCGUAUACACAGCGAUAUAUAUCCUUGCGCUCUUGAUUCUGAGGAAGCGCUUCGUUUCACUCGGUUCUGUAUGAAAAGAUCCGGGAGAGCGCCGCUUCAGGUCUCAUUCAAUGAUACCGCCUGCAAAUUCAAGCCUGUCUAUCACGAAGUGCUCACGCAGAGCCAUCGGUGGAAGGAAGUUAUAAUUGAUCGCCUUCCGUUCUCUUCCGGAACCUUUCCCAAUGAUCUACCUGCACUCAAAACCUUAGCCCUCGCUAUAUCCCAGUCCGGGAGAUCAAUGACAUUUCCGGACAUAAUCUCUACGCCUUCUUUGCGCGAGCUCAAAUUAACUUACGAAAAUCUUGGCUUGGGGCUAAGGGUCGAUACCAGAUCAUUACUGUAUCUCAACGUGGAUGGUCCAUAUGUUGACUGCGCCUGCCUUUUUGAAAUUCUCAAACGAAGCCCGUCACUUACUUCUCUCCAGCUGAAUGGGUUAUCCUUGACCAACUGGCCGACUGAACUCAGGGAACCAGAUCCCAUAUCAUUAACCUCUUUGCACAUGGACCUUAGUUUGAGAGGACACCACGCUGAAACGGAUUUGCGCACCAUCUUUACCAACACCGCCACCCCUUCGUUAAAAAAUCUCUUUAUCGGCAGUCGAUAUGGACCCGUUGAAGUCGACAUUCAAACCUCACAGAUAUUUCACCGGUUUCUUACCACACCUGGCCCACCCCUGCUUACCUUUCUCACUCUACACAAUAUCUAUUUCGAGAAUUUGCGGGAGUUGUUUGAUUCGCUGACGAGUCUCUCCAAAACGCUAAGCAGGCUGAGCCUCGUCAAGUGCAACACCCGGGACGAAUUAUGGGACGAGUUUCUCCAACUCAUGACGUUUUCCUCCGAUUUUAUGGAUAACUCGUUCUUGAGCAACUUGUACGAGUUGGAGCUAGACUAUUAUCAUUUGUGGACCAAAGCCACUGAAUCUCAUCUUCUUGAGAUGGUGGAAUCGAGGUGGAGUGUCCAAAUUCCGGCAGUGAAGAGGCUUAAGCAGCUUCAGAUUCUGUGUCAGAGUGGAUACGAUCGAUGCAGGAUUGUCGGACCUCUGGAAACGUUCACGAAAGAAGGGCUUAUACUGGGGGUAUGCUAUCAUUCGUAA